AUGUCAAAAAUUCUUAACAAUUCGGUAGACAUUACUACUGGACGUAAAAGCAGUACCACUAAGCGGGAUAAGCCCCGUGAUCCGAAGGGCUCAGACGUGCGCACUGCGAGCACCGUACCGGUAACGUUGCCGUACAACCAAUGUAAGAAACACAACGGUGAACCUGAAGAGAUGUUUUGCCUGGAACAUUCAUGUAUGGUUUGCAUCGUCUGCAGACGAAUGUACCACGGGAAAUGCCAAGAAAUUUUACGGAUUGGAGAAGCUAGCAUUAAUUUUACCAAAGGAAGUGCGCCACAAAAGUGCCAUAAACAAAUGAGGGAGCUUUUUGGAAAGUGUCAGGCUGUUGCGCGAGAACGAGAGUGGGACUUGAACGACCUUGAACGAAAACGCGAUGACGUCAUUAACGCUGUCCAGCAUGAGAAACAGAAGGUUCUGGCAAAGGUCGAGAAACUCGUGGAACGCGUGAUGGGGGAUAUCGAAAGGCGUUAUACGAUUGAAAGAACUGAAAUUAGCAAUCAUCUUUUGUCUUUGAAGGAAAUGGCACAAGAGCUUGAUACAAAGGUAAAGCUAAUAGAAACAAAACGAAAAGUUGAUUCUGACUUAGAAAUGUUUGUUGCUGUACAAAAUGCUAUGGACGGACAUAAGAAAACGACAUCAGCUUUGAUGAAAAUUCACAACGAGGCUCAUAAGGUGUUCUUAAAGUUUGAAGUUAGUAAGGCAGUGGACGCUGCGAUGAAAUCAUUGAGUAGUCUUGGAGAAUUAAACUUGAACACCAUGCAGUAUGCAGUGAUUCCGAAACUUUAUCAAUCAGAGGAACCGAAGCUUCAACUUACGCCAUUGAAAACUAAGAAACCCGACGAAUUCAAAAUCAGAAAACACGUAGACGACAGACGUUUAACUCCAGCUGGCGAAAUCUUCAGUCGAGAUAGAGAAGACGUUAAAACUUGUUGGAUUACUGGAAUGUGCGUUUUAAAAGACAGCACUAUAAUAGUGGCUGACAACAAUAACAACAGAAUCAAGGUCAUUGAUCGUCGGGACAAUGUCGUGAACUCCGUGCUGCUUGCCACUCCUCCGUUUGACAUUUCUCUCCUGAACCAAGUGGAAGCUGCGUUCACUUUGCCAGACAAGAAACAGGUUCAGUUGAUAAGAAUCGUUGGGCGUUCAGACAUAAAAUAUGGCGAAACCCUACAGCUUGAUUUUGAUUGUAAUGGUAUAACUGUCUUAAAAGGAAACAUUAUACUGACGAGCAUAGCAGAAAAAUGUGUACGGUUGAUUAACAAAAAAGGAAUUGUUUUGUGGACGGCAGUUACAGACGAUCUUGGGGAGCCCCUCUUUGAAUGGCCAUGGUACGUCACCACGAAUGAGGAAGUCGAAAAGGUGUAUGUCUCGGACCGACGAAAAAACACAGUUACUACUUUAGAUAAAACUGGAACGGUACUGGAUGUGCGUGACGUAAGUGGAAAAGGACCACGUGGAUGUGCGGUAGAUGGCGUAGGUAAUAUGUUUAUAUGCCACUACAUGACGGAUGAAAUUGAGAUAAUUUCUCUUAAAUUCCCACGUGACCGCCGAACGAUUCUUGCCAAAGUGGACGCCAUAAAGCAUCCACAGAGUCUUGCUUACGACGAACACAAAGGACUGUUGCUGCUCUCGGCCAACAACUCGGACUAUAUAAACGUGUUUCAGAUGAAAUGA